AUGGGCAAAGCAAAGGACUUGGCCGAGAAGCCCGCCUAUCUCAGCUCCGCUGCCGCCAAGUAUGCUCUCGGUGUCCAUCGCGGUCCUUUUGCGCCCAAAGAGUCUCUUGAUGGCAACGAUCUCGAGCAUAUCGAGACUGCGGACACCAUCACACUUGAGAACGUCAAGCGCACGCCCACUCAGAAUCUGCGGCGGCAUUGGUUUCGGUUCUGGUGCUGUUAUGUCUUUUGGUCGAUUAUCUUCCUCGCCAUUUUCCUUCCUAUUUUCUUCCUAAUCUGUAUCCCCGCCAUCUCCCAAAAUGUCCUUAACCGCUCGACCCUCCUCCUCGUCGAAUCUUCGAUCCUCGAACCCCGCCCCGACAGCAUCUCCCUCAGUAUGACCUCCGCGUUGGACCUCCCCGUCUCGCUCCCC